AUGGUCGUGUUGGCUGCUUCUAUCACUACGCGUCAGGGGAAACCCCUUCUAUCGAGACAAUUCAAGGAUCUGUCCAAGGACCGGGUCCUGGAGCUGCUGUCCAACUUCCAGAACCUGGUGGCUGAGAUCUCGUCGGACCACACGUUCGUCGAGGACAAGCACGUCCGAUACGUGUACAGGCCCUUCGACAACUACUACAUUAUCCUGAUCACGAACCGCCAGUCCAACAUCAUCAAGGACUUGGCCACGCUGAACCUGUUUUCGCAAACGAUCAACUCCUAUUUGUCCAGUUUCCACGACCAGGAGAUCUUCCACAACGCCUUCGAGAUCCUGUCGUCGUUUGACGAGAUCGUGUCUAUGGGCGGGUACAAGGAGAACUUGUCCUUCACCCAGGUGCAGACCUACUUGUCCAUGGAGUCGCACGAGGAGAGAAUCCAGGAAAUCAUUGAGCGGAACAAAGAGAUCGAGGCCACCGAGGAGAGGAAGCGUCGUGCCAAGGAAAUUGCCAGAAAGGAGCACGAAAGAAAGCACGGGUUCGUGUCCGCCAACGGCGACUUCGACGGUGCCAACAGGUUCAUGGCCAGUAAGGAUCCAAACGCCUCAAACGCCAUCAAUAGUUACUACUCGCACGCCUCGCCCGCGGCACAACAGUCUUAUCUCCAAAGCGCCAACGCUGCUGCUGCUGCGGCCCCAGUAGCCUCCCCACUGGUCACCCCCCACCGUACGGGACCUUCGGUCACUGGUGGUAUGAAGUUGGGUGGUAGUGCAGGAAGAAGGUCUGGCACCAUGCUACGUCCAAGCGGGGUCUCUUCCGCCUCCUCUGCCACGCCUCCUCCUCCGGAGGAGGACGCUCCAGAGAACAACGGUAUUUUGAUCUCCAUCAAAGAAGUAAUAAAUGCGGAGUUCUCCAGGGACGGCACCAUCCAUUCCUCGGAAUUAAAGGGUGUCCUAGAAUUAAGAAUCAACGACCAUGACCUGUCUCACUCUAACCUAAAACUAGCCGACUCCAUCGACGUCCGCGAUAGAUCCUUCCAAUUCAAGACCCACCCAAACAUAGAUAAGCAGUCUUUCCUAUCCAGUAAACUGAUCUCUCUACGUGAUAAAUCCAAGGCCUUUCCCGCCAAUGAUCAAAGCCUGGGUGUUCUUAGAUGGCGUAAAAUUGCCCCCGCAGACGAUGAUUCACUGGUCCCAUUGACUUUAACCACAUGGAUCUCACCCUCCGAGUCACAACAGGGCUUCGAUGUCACCAUUGAAUACGAAAAUAUCUCCGAACUGGAACUUACUGAUUUGGUCUUCACCAUUCCUUUGUUCCCUCAAGAACCAGUCGACAUAAAUACAGAGUCUUCCACGUCCGCGGAGGCCGAAGUCAUCAACAUGGACCAAGAAACAGGAACUUCCAUCAGUGUCAGCCAAAUCGGCGCCAACGACUCAGGUGUGCUAGCAUUCUCCAUCGAGGCUCCGUACGAGGACGCGUUGUACCCAAUGACCGUUUCUUUCCAAGAAUCAAGCAGGGACGUAUCCGCUAAGAGCUUCACCGGCAUGGCCGUCGAUUCUGUCGUCAUGGCCGCUGACCACGACCAAGAGUUGCCUUACGAUGUCAUCACCUCUUUGAAGUCAGACGAAUACCUUGUCCAAUAG